CCAAAUUUCAUGGAAAAAAACUUCAUGUUUACUUCAAAAAAUUAACCCAAAUAUCGUCCUAUAGAAGCUCUCUUAUUCAAUUUUCGUCCGACAUUAGAAUAAUCUAUAGUUUUACGCAAUGAUAUGGGAUUUCGGUGCCGUCGAAAGAGAAAGUGAAAGUACUUGGUUUCGGGGAAAUUACCUAAAAAUACAACGACGAGUUUGGGAAAACCCCGAAAGUCAAGUUGUGGUAUAAAAACCUGAUAUUUUGAAAGCAGUAGUUACUGCAAAAGAAAGCAAAAGAAGAAGUCACAGCUUUCAUAGGCGUCCAAAUCUCUAAAGAUCGAAUUCACGAUGAACUCGAAGCAAAGACAACUGUUAAAAGAGCGACAUCAGCAUUUCAAGGACGAAGUUAAUCCUGCAGACCUCCUCCCGCACUUGACAUGCCUAAUACAAGAGGAUGUAGAAAUAAUCGAGAGCACGUUGAACAACUACGGUCCUAUACGAGCUCUUGGAGAACUUUUGGACAAAUUGAAACGCAGGAAAAAUGGAUUUGAGCAAUUUGUCGUUGCACUGCGAAAAAAUGAUCUCCAUCAUGUGGCUUUGCUACUUGACCCCUUGGCAAAAAUCAAAGAAGAGUAUGACGCUACUGAAAACGACACCAGCAAGUUCCAGGUGCUUGGUACAGCUGUUGAUGUGAAGAUCAUUGCGCGUAUUUAUGACACCAGCCUGGGCGAUGAACGGAGAACUGAGUACGAGAAAACCGUGGUGAACGAAUUUAAGACAUCCCACAGUGAAAACUCCAAGAAAAUAAGAAAAGUUUUCCGAGAGGAGAUGCCACCAGGAGUAGAGUUUGUCAAGACGAAAGAAAUGGGACACGCUUUGAAUCUGUUUUCAGAUAAGAAUCAAAAGCAGAAGGCAGAUGCAAGCAACAAAGCUGGUGAAGACAAACAAGUUAACGAUGAAAAAGAAAGUGAAAAGCUUGAAAACGAUGCUGCUGAGGUCGAGCAAGAAAUAACCGAAGAUAAAAAAGAACUUGGCGAGGACGAAGAGGGCGAAAAGGAUGCGAGUGAGGCAGAGGAAACGAAAAAGGAAGAGAAAAGUACUGAAGAUGGUGACAAACAAACUGACACCGACGACGAAACAUCGUGUGAAUCAAGCUCUCCCGGAAGCUGCGAAGAAAACUCAGACACUGAAACAAACUUUGGAGGAGACUCUAUUUCUGCCAUCUUUCGCUUGACGAACGUCGAUCACGCAAAGAAAUUCUGGGACAUGUUUAAAAGCAAUAAACUGGAGAAAACACUGCACAAGAACUUAGUAUUGAACACUUUAAUUGAGAAGAACAUUGUUGAAGAACAAAACAGCGACUCCUUGAAACUCAAACUGUCGUUCCUGGAGGAUGAUUACCAAGAGAUCAUCGAUUUUCUUGAAAACGUCGAAUCUGAGCAAAGUUUGGAAACAACGGGAAAUAGUUUGCUAUCAAGCAGAACAGCUGAUAAUGUUCACCACUCAGAACUUGACGAAGAAGUUGUUAUUAGAAUCCCUCAAGUUUGCUUGGAGAGCCAAAGAGAGAACCUCUACAAGAGAGACCUCAAGCUUCGUAACUACCAAAUAGAGUUAGCAGGCCCAGCCCUCGAGGGCAAGAACUGCAUUAUCUGUGCACCCACGAACAGUGGCAAGACAUUCGUUGCUAUGGAGAUAACGAAACGGCAUCUUCAAAAAUAUAAAAAUAGCAAAGUGCAGCCAGGUAAUGAUUUUAUACACGUGACACAUUACGUUGAGCUUUAGCCUGUCCUGUUUAGCGGCCUGCGAGACAAAACAGAUGAAGAGCAGCAGCAGUAAGGCGGACUCGCGAAGCGCCGGCAUUGCCAAAAAUCACAAAUCGAAAAACACCAGGGGGGGGUGGGGUUUUUGGAGCAGUGACGAGGCCCUACAGGGGGUCUUGCGCGAUCGGGUGGCAGCGCGAAAAGUCCCUUACUGCUGCUCUGUUGGGUACCGCAAACGGAGGAUAAAAUAUUCCUUAGAUAUAGAUGGACGCCAUCAAAAGCAUUCGUAACAAAACUGUGCGCAAGCUAAGAACU